AUGGCAUCUGCACCCUCAGCAUCCGCAUUCUCAUUGCCCCUGCCAUCAUGGCAACAACCUCUCAGCGUGCGCGCCGCUCAAUACGAGUCCAAAAAACGUAAAAAGGACCGUGACGGGUGGAGCGACGACGACGACAAUGGGGAAACAACAGAUGCGGCUUCCGAGAUAGCUCCUCCUGCGCCAUCUCUGACACUAUCUCCGGAUGAGGCCCGUCAGUAUCGCAUCGCGGGCCUCUCGUUUGACCAGGAGAUCCCGGGAGGCCAUUUCCCUCAUGGCCCCGCUAAAGAGGGUCGCGCCAAGGGAGCGAGACACAAUCAUCUUCUGCAUGAAUUAUCGUCGCUCUCGAGUCCCCUUUACCCACCGCAGUCGGCAGCGCACCGGGGGAACCUGCGGCUUCAGCAUAUUUCGGUUCUCUCUAACAUCCUGCACCGGUGUCUCCUUGAGAGAGACUACGUUCGUGCUGGCCGGGCGUGGGGUCUGAUCAUCCGCGAAGAGUUCCGUGGUGUCCCCGUGGAUGUGCGCACGGGAGGCCGAUGGGGUAUCGGUGCCGAAAUCUUGCUUCAACGAGGCCGUCAAAUCUCGGAUGAGGCAGGUAGAGCACCAGAUGAUGAUACCGGACGCGACAUCGGUCCGGCCGGACUCUGUUUCACCCGAAAGGGAUUCGAGGAAGCGAAAGAGUACUACGAGAGGAUGGUAGUCCAGCAUCCAUUCCGUAAGUCUGCGCCGGAUGCCGUAAGCUCCAUGCAGUUCUACCCGGCCAUGUUCGGCCUUUGGGUUUACGUUACUCAAGAGGAAAGCAAAUUCGCUCGCGAGGAAAUCCGCAUUGAGCACGAGGAUGCUGGUGAAUUUUCGGAGGAAGAAGACACAGCAUCGGACAUCGGCGGCCAGGCGGGCUCGAAACAGAAGAUCAGAGCUCUCAUAGCCGGGGUGCGCGCCCGAGAACUGGACGAAGCUGGCAAGAUUGCGGCGAGACUGGAUGAGCUUCUCAUGUCGUUUCCGUAUUCGGACUCACCCGAGUUGUUGGAGCUUCGCGGCAUGAUAUCGCUCUGGAUCGGUGAUCUCCAUGUGUAUUCUCUGCCUCAAGGAGCUGGAGGUCAUUAUCUUGAUGAGGGGGAUGGCAGCGAUGAGGAUCGUAUGCCUGUGGAAGAGACGCUGGAAUCCGUCCAGGACAGACGGGAAAGGAGGCUCGCGGCAGAGAAACGGCAGACAGAAGUGCGCAAAUCCAGGGAAUAUUUUGAAAAGGCGAAGAAACGCGGCAAGGGUAUGACAUCGACUUUGAAGGACUUUCAUAUCGACGAUGACAGCACAAGAAAGAUGGGUGUCGGGGACUAUGUACACUCAAAGGAAGCGAUUCAGCUUCGACCAUCUGUCAAGGAACCGCCACAUCGAACCAGACAGCAACUAGCGGACCAGGCAAGAUUCGAUAUUCCACCAACGACGAGGGUUGCGCCGGCACCGAUGCCCCUCAAUCGACACCUCCAGCGGGACAAUUACGGGGCCGCGUCCAUUGACGGCCCGCCUCACUCAGAAGCUGAAACAAUCCAGCAAAGAGACAUGUUCGACACAGAUGUUGAGGGUGUGGAUGACUCGACCAUCGCCGCCACCAGCAUUCUCGGGAUCGACGAGCUGCGGCCCACCCAAUUGUCGCCCGCUGCGACGGCGCAACACCAGGGCAUAGACCCGCAACCUAUGUACCAGUAUCAUCAAGGCGCCCACUCAUUCGAUCCCCAGUGGUAUGACAACCUCGGGGAUAAGGCCAUGAAGUCAGCGGGCUUCUCGUCAGAGGACGGCGGCGACGACAACGCAAGCCAACUGACCUCGAUGGCCGGCGACGACGAACAAUCAGAGGCCACCAAUGGAUCCCCCGACCAUUUCCACCGACGCCGCCACGCAGAUGAACCUUUGAGCCGACGACUCCAAAGUUUCUGGAACGCCAGUCGCAAAUCGCAGGCGCAACCAGACCACCACCAGGAGGAGCAGCACCCGGAGCCGUCCAAAACCCCGGCCUUCGACCGGUCCACGUCGUCGGAUCCCAGAAUCACCAGCCACAUACCCGUGAGCACCAACCGGAAGCCCGCUCUCCCGCACACGAUGAGCACAACACCACGCACGAGAUUCAGCCCUCCCAAGCCCUCUCUCCUCGACAAGCUCGGUGACCGCACCCCCACCCGCCGCAGCUCUGGCCCGCGGCCUCAGCCUCAGCCUCAACCCAGCAGACAACAGCCAAGCAUGCCUGCACCUGACCCGUCAGACGCCGACAGAGAAGAGGCAGCCAACAUGGGGUCCUUCUCCAUGGACUUUGGCCUCAACAGAGGCAGCAACAACCCCUCGCUCACAGCCUUCGACAUGACCAACCUCGACGGCCUCGACAACGACUACAGCUACGACGAGUACGACCCAUUCUCCAGACGCAGCUCAGUGCGGCGCAUUGUGGAGCCUAACCACAACGACGAACCCAACAACAACAACAACCCAUCAUCAUCAACUCGCGCCCAGAAAAAGCGCCUCUUCGAAGCAGACUAUUCCCCCCAAGAACUGCACCAAAAAACCUUCGACUCACUCCAAUCCGAACCCUUCGACCACGACCCCGCCGCAGCGCGCGCACUCCACCCCACUCAGGAAGUCGAAGCCCCCGACAACAACAACAACACCUCACCCGAAGACAAACUCGCCUUCCUCUCCCGACUCUCCAACUCCGACCGCGACGCGUACUUCUCCAACCUAACGAUGAACGAAUGGGAAGACUGCGGCGACGUCCUCGUCGAGCAGUUCAGCAGCAUGCUCAAGAAGAUGAAGGACUUGCGGCAUGCGCGCCGCAAGACGGCUGCUGUGUUUGAGGCGGAGGUUAAGAGGAGGCAUGAGACUGUUGAGAUUCAGUCUGAGGAGCUGUCGAGGAAGUUUGAGGAGAUGCGGUCUGGGGGGGCGGAGGUGUUGCGCGGUCGGACGCCUUGA